AACGUUAUGUUAUUCAUUAAUUGACUCUUGUAUUUAGGUAGUAUUUACUAGAAUAUUUAGAGUAUUUUUGAUAUUGACGAUACUUUCUGAAUAGUUUUAAACCGCGGGCAAAAUGUCGUAUUACACGUGACUUCUGACAAGUUUUAAGUCUAUGUUAUUGAUUGAAAACUGACACCAACUGAUACAAGUUGGCAAUUCGUAAGACGCAUAUGUAUUUUUUCCGGAGCGUUUGUUGUUAUAGAAAUAGUUUACCUUGUUACACACAAUAAAAGUGUUGUAUUCGCUAUGGGAAAUCUUUGUGGAUCUUGUUGUAAACAAUCAUCUUCAUGUGAAAAUUUAACUCCAGAUUUGGAUACUAGGAGAAGGCAGCAGAUGGAAGCAGCUGAGAGCAGAAUUGCUAAGUUGCAAAGUCGAGGUAUUAGAAAUAUGGAUGCUGUUAAACGUCAACAAAUGAUAGACCAACAACGUGAGAGACGUGAAGAAGAAGCUAGUAAUUAUAAUGUACAGCCAACAUUAAAGUGGCAAAUGAAUUAAAGGAAAACAGAUUGUAACCUUGAAAAAUUUAUACCGUUCAUAAAAUUGUUUUAAGCAACGCAUAAUUAUUGUUCAAGCAGAAAUUGUUAAUUAUGUAUUUACUGUUUAUACAUGAUAUUUGAUAUUAUUUCUCAUAAAAUAGUAACAAAGUUGCAAGUUUACAUUUUAUCAAAUCUAAAUUUUCUUAAAAAAUGUUUAAAUUAUAUAUAUUAUAUAUAUACAUACACCUUUUUACACAACAUUUUCUAUGAUAUUUAAAAUAUUUUAUACGGUAUAAGAGAAAAGUGGAUACAGUAUAAUUAUAUCGAAUACAAUUAUUGAAAAAAGUGUUACAAGAAAUUGCUGUACGCGAAUAGUUUACAUUCACAUAACAUUUCAGUUUUUCUUUUUCAUCGUUAUGAGUACAAUAACAACAUAUUUCACUUAUGCAUGUGGUUAUUAGAGAUUAAGAACUAUUGCUUUAAAAUCUCAUAUAAUGACACUGUUAAAGAAGUUGAAAAUAUUCAAUUUCAUAUUUUAAAGUAUUACUCAUUCCAAUUUUAUUACUGUUAUCUGUAUUAUUAAGUAAAGUAUUCAAGAAGUGUUUAUAUUUGAUAAUACAGUGCAAAUUUAAAGUUAUUAU